AUGACAGAUAAGAAAGGCAGCGACUUUAAGCUUCUCUGUUUCUUCGUGUUUCUGGUUGGUUUGAUUCAAACAGAUGCUUCCUUUGGUGUAGGAGUCGGAAUCGGUGGUGGUGUCGGUGGGGUUUGGGUCGGCGGAGGAAUCAACGGCGGUAACCGUAAUACUGUUCCGGUAACGGCUUCUUACAAUGCUCUUCAAGCUUGGAAAUCCACCAUUACAGAGGAUCCUUCUGGUGUUCUUAAGACAUGGGUUGGAUCAGAUGUCUGUUCUUACAAAGGGGUUUUCUGCUCCGGUCAGUCUAUAACCGCCAUAGAUCUUAACCAUGCAAAUCUUAAAGGCACCAUUGUCAAAGACCUCGCUUUUCUCUCUGACCUCAACAUUCUCCAUCUCAACAGUAACAGAUUCUACGGCCAAAUCCCAGACUCUUUCAAAUCCUUGAAUUCUCUCCAGGAGCUUGAUCUCAGCAACAAUGGAUUCUCAGGUCCUUUUCCUCUAGUCACAAUCUACAUCCCAAAUCUGGUUUACCUCGAUCUCCGGUUUAAUAAUUUCUCAGGGUAUGUCCCUGGAGCUCUCUUCAACAAACGACUAGACGCGAUUUUCCUCAAUAACAACCAAUUCGAAGGAGAGAUCCCUCGGAAUCUCGGAAACUCUCCGGCUUCGGUGAUCAAUCUCGCUAAUAACAGGUUUUCCGGCGAAAUCCCGACGAGUUUCGGCCUCACCGGAUCGAGAGUGAGAGAGGUGUUGCUCUUGAAUAACCAGUUAACCGGUUGUAUACCGGAAUCUGUAGGGAUGUUCUCCGAAAUCGAAGUCUUUGACGUCAGCUACAAUUCCUUGAUGGGUCAUGUCCCCGACACCAUCUCUUGCUUGUCGGCGAUCGAAGUUUUGAAUCUUGCGCACAACAGAUUCUCCGGGGAGGUUCCCGAUUUGGUUUGCUCGCUGAGGAACCUGAUCAAUCUCACGGUUUCAUUCAAUUUCUUCUCUGAGAUUAGCUCCGAGUGCUCAAGGAUCAGUUUCGGGUUUGAUUUCACCGGAAACUGUAUCCCGGGGAGGAAUUGGCAGCGGCCGCAGCCGGACUGCUCCGGUUAUUCCGGCGGCGCGUUGAGCUGCUUCAGGAUGCCGACGCAGCCUCUGGCUUGCGCUGGGAUAAGCGUGGGACUAACAGAGAGUAGCAAUAAUCAUUACACCUCAUCUCCAUGA